ACACGGCAGCGAAGCCACAGCACGAACAGUCAUAACAGCUGGUGGAGCGCGGAGGAGCCUUCGCAGGCGUCGUUGGCAGCGACGGGAACCAGCGCGCGUUCGCUAAGGAAGCGGAAAACCCUGCCCACGAUGGGAACGGGAACACCGAUGCGGAGGAGAGGACAGGCCUCCUGUCCUAGGACCGUUACCACUCCGAGUUCGAGUUCGAGUUCGAGUUCGGGCUCAACGAUACGUCCGCACUACCAACUUCAUUAUAACCCGCAUCAUCACCAACGUCACCAUCACCACCACCAUCCCACCCCAUCAAUGUCCCCCAUCACUACCACCACCCCCUCCUCCUCAUCUUCCUCGUCAACAUCGUCGCACGCCUCCACCCACCCAACCCUAUCACCUGCACUCCCGUACAACACACCAAUAGACUGGAAAGGCAACGCCGCCCGCCGUGCGGAAUAUGCCGCGCUCGACCGCCGUCGCCAAGGUGUUACGGGACUCAUCCGCCGCGCCGCCGCCGCCUGCUGCUUUAGCCGCGCUAGGAGUGAGUUUUGGGAGGAGAGGUGUGGCGAUGACGGGGGUAGUGUGCGGCGCUAUCGGCUUGCACUGCCGGAGGAGGAGGAGGAGGGCUCGUCCCGUGAAGAUGUUGGGGGGAAGAAUGAGACGGAGAAAGGGUGGCCAAGGGUUAGGGUUUGGCAGUGAUUGAGAAGGAAGGGGAAGAGGCUUGACUGUUUUACUACCAUACAUUUAUUCAGCGAGGAGUUUGUUUUGCUUUGGGUGGGGAGUCUUUAUCUUGCAUUUUUGCGUUUUUUUUUCUUUCCUCUUUCCUUCCUCUUGCCCUAUUCUGCUUCAGUUGUAUUUUUACUCUUUUCGUUGUUUGCUUUUGACCCGCCGAGUGCCAGAUCUGAUUGGGUGGUGUGGGGUAGAUUUCGCUUCCGGUCUAUCAUACAGUGUAUGAUAUUUUUUCUGUGGAUAUGAUACAGUACUGUGCUGUAUAGCACAGUAGAGUACAAGUAGAUGUUCCUCCUUCUUUUCUUCUCUUCCUCUUCCCCCUCCUUUUUUGCGUCUCCACGAUGCACACUAAGGCAUAACUAGGAAUGUCGUGGAUGAUGGCAUGGGUAUCGCGCAAAGUCCAUUUGUUUAUCAGUCAUCCACGUCAUUACAUUUGUUCAUAACAUCAUAGGUCAAGUUAACGUCAGGGGUUCUAUUCAUUUCUGCACUUUGCUAUCGGCACUACGCCGUCCUGUUCUGCUCAGGAUACGUUUCUCUGUACAGUACAGCACAGCCCUGUACAUCUUCUCCCUUUCUCUGUAAUACUUUUAUACUUGUCAUUGAUAAUUAAGAUCGGAGUCUGGUCUUGUUACGUAUGAUACUUGCUCGAGUAUGUGUCACACACACAACAUUUCCUUCCUCCUCUCCUCUCCUUUCUAUUUUUAUUUAUUUCCUUACUGUCACCGUUCUAACUGAUCAUUGCCAUUCUCUUUCUUGUAGCAGUACUUAGUAUAUUAAUACUAUCACGGUUCUUGCG